GUGCCACCAUUAUCUGUGACAGUCAUAUCCACUCACAGGAACUGGAUUUCUUUCUGGAGAAAGACGGCCAGAAUGAAAGGAUUGCCACAAUCCACUGCAGAAAAGAAGCUACUUUUUCCAUUACGAAUGUGAGCAGGGAACAUGGAGGGAUCUAUACUUGUUCCUAUCAUCUCUUGAACCAGUCCAUGUCAAACCGCAGCAUGCCUGUGCAUCUUCUGAUAAAAGAUCCUGAUCUCCCCAGACCCAGUAUCUCUCUCAGCCCUAGCAACGUGGCAUUUCUGGGAAACAACAUUACCAUUCGGUGCUGGGUGAAUGAUCUGAACAAGAAGAUCUUUAUCUAUCUCUAUCAGACUGAUGCAUAUUGGAUGAAGCUGAAACAGAGAUCAGAAGAGUCACAUGCUGCUGUUGCCAUGUUCACCAUCUUCAAUGUGGGAUGGCAUGAUGGAGGGAGAUACCACUGCAGAAUCAAACCCCCAUCAGAUUUUUUCAUAUCAUACUCGAGCAGUGAUGUGGAGUUGCUAGUAGUAGAAUCUUACUUAGAGAAACCCACCAUCUACCUGCAGCCCAUGGAGGUGGUUGCCCUUGGGGGGAAGGUCACUGUCCAUUGCAGAAGCAAAUACCAAGCGGAGACCUACUAUUUCCAAAAGCCUGUAAACCCUGCACCUCCCCUUUUCAUGGUGACUGAUAGAGCCACGGACAACUUCCUCGUCAUCAGCAAUGCAAGCCAGGAGGACAGCGGGAGAUACCGAUGCAGUUAUAGCCCCAGCCUGGACAAUUUAUCCUAUAAAUAUUUUCUCUCAGAGCCCAGCGACCCUGUGGAGUUGCUGAUUGCAGAUCCUGGUCUAGCUAAGCCCAAAAUAUCUGUGAUACCCGGCAGAAUAGCAGUUCUGGGAAGCAACAUCACCAUUCGGUGCCGGGUCAAAAGUCCAAGUAAGAGCUGCUAUCUUCAUAAGGCGGGAGAUAAGCAGAAAUCCCAGAUGGCAAAGCCCGUGGGUGACAUGGCCAAGUUCUCCAUCAGCAGUGUGAGUCGAAGUCAUGGAGGGAUCUACACCUGUAGCUACAGACCCCCAACAGACUCAUUCAUCUCCUCCGAGACUAGCAACAUUCUGGAGCUGUUGGUUACAGAUCCCAGCAUCUCAAGACCAACCAUCUCCCUGAUUCCCACAGAACUGAUCAUUCUUGGGGGAAAUGUUGCUUUCUAUUACCAAACCCAAGAAAGGGCUGUGGGAUUCUACCUCCAAAAGUCUGGAGAACAGAUGUCCCGGCAGCUCAUGGAGAUCAAUGAGACCCUGGCCAAGCUCACCAUCAGCAACAUCCAGGUCUACCCAGGCCCAGCAUCUUCCUGA